CGAUCAGUUAUGGGCUGCUCCAAAACUUGCCUAAGAAAAAUCAAGGUAAUGCAUUUAUUUAUCAUGUAAAAUUUUAUUCAUUUUCAAAGAAAGCUUAAACAACUUUUAAAUAUGGACUACCCCUUUCAUAAAUAAUAAUACCCUUUUAUGUUUUUUGGGGAAUAAUAGAUAUUUAUAAAUACAGAGAUUACACAUUGGUAAAAAUCAUAAUUUUAGGUCUAAAAAGAAUUUCUGACUCUAACAUCUCCAUACAUUAAAAAGUUCAUAAUAUAGAAUAAAUAUUAAUUGUAAACAUUGAGUUUAUAUUUUACAUGAUUGCCUAGCUUACUAGGAUGACAUCAGAGGACUGCAAUUAGCUAUUUUCGGAAAUCAGUUGGAGGCAAAGAAAUUAUUAAUAUAACUUUAACUCUUGAAUUGCCUGAACACAGGUUCCCAAAUGCUGUAAAGGCUUCUAUGGCUCACAGUGCCUGCCUUGUCCAGGAGGAUUUAGGAAUCCCUGCAGUGGAAGGGGCGAGGUUUGUAUAUAUUAUUUAAUCCUAUUAAAAAUUUAAGUGAUAUCGCAUUCAUAAAGCUAUAUUUUUUAAAUUUAAUUUAAAAUAAAAGGAUAGCUAGAUCUACUGGUACACAUAAACUUUACAUAUAAUAAUGUUAUCACUCAAUGGCUCAUAACCUUAAUUUUUGUUAUUUUAGUAGGUCAGUUAAAUAUGUCUUCAAUAUACAAAAAAUUAAACUAAACUACAACACCAAUUUUUGUUAGUGUAAUUUGGCUGUUUCUUUUUAUUUUUAAGUGCUUGGACACAAUAAGUGGGACAGGAUAUUGUGUUUGCCAGGCUAACAUAACUGGUACAGCAUGUGAGAAAUGCAAACAGAGCAAAACCUUUGGACCUGAGUGUAACCAAAGUAGGUUUAUUUUACCAAUAAAAAUAUCAUUUGUGACAUUAAAUCCUUUGGAAAAAAUGUUAGUCUGUGUUAGAUGCAUACCCAUAGAUUUAAGGAUUCACUGAAUUUUCUUAGCAUAAUAUUUCACCAUGAUUACUGCCUAGUUCUGUUAAAAAUGUUAACAGGGAUUAAUUUUUAUAGAAAUAAUUGCAACACAUAUAUGGCCACUUGAAAAUUAAAUAUCACUUGGUAUUGUUAAUUAAUUAAAACCUUUGCUAUUUUUUUGGUAAGUUGGUGGGAUUAUUAAUCUAAUUGGUUUAAUUAUUAUUUUCAGUAUGCACAUGUUUAUAUGGUACCUGUGAUGAUGGCCCAAAUGGAACAGGCAAGUGCAAGGCAGGAAGUUGUCAGGAAGGC